AUGUCUCCAGUACCAGAAGCAGAGAAACCACAAGGUGCAAAUGAAGUAUGUGUAGGGCCCGACUCUGAACAAGCUGGAAUCGCCGAUGCUUGUGCUGGAUGUCCCAAUCAAUCUAUAUGUGCUUCAACGCCAAAGGGCCCUGAUCCUGCCAUUCCUCUGAUCAACGAUCGCAUGUCUUCUGUAAAGCAUCGCAUACUAGUCCUCUCCGGAAAAGGCGGUGUAGGCAAAUCCUCCUUCACUACAAACCUAGCCUUCGCCCUAUCAAUGAACGAGUCUACUCAAGUCGGCGUCAUGGAUGCAGACAUUUGCGGGCCCUCAAUCCCCAAAAUGCUGGGUCUAGAAGGUGAAUCCAUACACUCUUCAAACUCGGGCUGGUCACCAGUAUACGUGCACGACAAUCUCGCAGUCAUGUCCAUCGGAUUCAUGUUGGGGUCGCCAGACGACGCAGUCAUAUGGCGAGGCCCGAAAAAGAAUGGACUUAUAAAGCAGUUCUUGAAGGAUGUUGAUUGGGGUGAACUGGAUUAUCUGGUUGUUGAUACGCCGCCGGGCACUAGUGAUGAGCACUUGUCGAUUGUGCAGUUUUUGAAGGAGGCUGGCAUUGAUGGGGCUAUUAUUAUCACGACGCCGCAAGAAGUGUCGUUGCAAGAUGUGCGGAAGGAGAUUGCAUUUUGUAGAAAGGUCGGAGUACCUAUUAUAGGUGUAGUUGAAAACAUGAGUGGAUUUGUGUGCAACAAGUGUGGUGGUGAAUCCGUCAUCUUCCCACCUACUACUGGUGGCGCAAAGAAGAUGUGUGAAGAACUCGAUCUGCCAUUGUUGGGAUCAAUACCAUUAGAUCCACGUAUAGGCAAAUCCUGUGACUUUGGCCAGUCCUUUUUGGACUUGUAUCCAGAUGCUGCUGCAUCUAUUGCAUACCAGAACAUCAUCACCAGGAUCAAAGAGUUCUGUGGUCCCGAUAUGGAAUUGUAG